AAAUCCGUUCCUACCGCAUCGUAUAAAUUGAACUCCCAAUCAUCUUUCUCGCAUCGAAAGCGAAAUCUUCAAAAAUCCCGAACAAGGGGGGAAAAAAAAAGAAGGAAAAAAGGCAGAGAAAGUCGAUUCCUUGAAGUCGCAGCAAAUUCCAUUCUUCGGAUCCUGCAUCCAACACUCUGCUCCAAAACAGUUACGAUCUUUCCCUUUUUGCCCUUCCAUCUUCUCUCAUUUCACCUUCCAGUCCCUGAAUUCCGCCGGAAGCACGCUGGAAUCUGACGACUCCGUCGGCAUCUCCACGUUCUAGGGCUUCUCUUCAGCCGGGACACGUCAGCACUCGAAUAUGUCCCUCUUCCGGAAAUUCUUCUACCGGAAGCCGCCCGACGGGCUUCUGGAGAUCUCGGAAAGAAUCUACGUGUUCGACUGCUGCUUCUCUACUGAUGUUUUGGAGGAAGAUAACUAUAAAGUCUACAUGGAAGGCAUAUUGGGUCAACUUCGUGACCAGUUUCCUGAUGCAUCCUUCAUGGUAUUUAACUUCAGAGAGGGGGAAAAGCAAGGCCAGAUUUCCGACAUUUUGGCUGAGUAUGAUAUGACAGUAAUGGACUAUCCUCGGCAUUAUGAAGGUUGCCCAUUACUCAUGAUGGAAGUGAUCCACCAUUUCUUGAAGUCUUGUGGGAACUGGCUCUCUCUAGGGCCGCACAACCUGUUGUUACUGCACUGUGAACGAGGUGGGUGGCCGGUUCUGGCUUUCAUGCUGGCCGGGCUUUUGAUCUACAGAAAACAGUAUUCUGGGGAGAAGAGGACAUUGGACAUGAUCUACAAGCAAGCCCCUCGUGAGCUUUUGCCGUUGUUAUCACCAUUGAAUCCAGUGCCUUCACAGUUGAGAUACUUGCAAUACAUAUCUAGGAGAAAUGUGGGUUCAGCAUGGCCACCACUAGAUAGAGCGCUUACAUUGGAUUGUGUCAUUCUCAGAACCAUUCCAAACUUUGAUGUAGAGGGGGGCUGCCGUCCAAUAUGCCGGAUUUAUGGACAGGAUCCCUUAAUGGCUGCUGACCGAACUCCCUUAGUUCUGUUCUCAACUCCGAAGAAGAAUAAAACUGUUCGACUUUACAAACAGUUAGACUGUGAUCUAGUCAAGAUCGACAUUCAUUGCCAUAUUCAAGGUGAUGUUGUACUCGAGUGCAUUAAUUUGGAUGAAGAUUUGGAACAUGAAAAGAUGAUGUUCCGGGUUAUGUUCAACACAGCCUUCAUUAGAUCAAAUAUUUUGAUGCUUAACCGUGACUCAAUUGACAUUUUGUGGGAUGCUAAAGAUCGGUUUUCGAAGGACUUCAGAGCAGAGGUUCUUCUUUCAGAAAUGGAUUCUGCUGCUUCUUUAAUCACUACGGAUGUGGCUGGUUGGGAGGGCAAAGAGGGCCUUCCAAUGGAAGCAUUCGCUAAAGUUCAAGAGAUCUUUAGCAAUGUGGAUUGGCUAGAUGCAAAGGGGGAUGCCAGACUUCACAUGCUUCAGCAAAUAGCUGCAUCAAACACUUUCCAAGAGAAGUUGGAGAGUGGUCAGCCCCAAAAUGUGGAAACUGUUGCCUUGGAACAGGAAUCAAGUCUGGAUGCAGCUCAAGGAAAUGCAAAAUCUGAUGCAUCAGAAAAUAAAAUCAAGAUAUCAUCACCAUCGGCUUUGAAGAAGCAGUCUACUCCCUUCCUCAAACAAUCUCCAGAUGCUGAUCUGACCAAACAGAAGGUUCAGCCCCUGCAGGUGCUAGAUGCGCUUCAUUCUUCUGCUCAGCCUAAAAUCAUAUCCCCAAGGAUUCCUCUCUCUUCUUUGUUGAAUCCAACUUCUCAUGAUGGUUCUUUCCAAGGCUCGCCUUUGCCCAUUCGAAGAUAUAACAGCGUGCCCUUGGCUCAUGGAAUUACAGCUCUUUUGCAUGAUCAUGCUACAUUUGGGAGCAGUGAUGUAACUCCUCCAGAGACAAUGUCUUCACCUUCUCUAUCCCUUGCAACUGCUGUUGAAUCAUGUUUAUCGGAGCAUGCAAAACCCAAUAUUGUUUCAUCUCCACCACCUCACCCAGCAGGCUCUACCACAAGAACUUCCACAGCCUCACCGUCAAAGCCAGUGCCUGCUUUAUCUCCACCUUCUCUGCAUCUUGGAAUCUCUUCACCAGAUUCUUCUGUUGACAACAAUUUAUCAACAACUUCUCCCCCUCCCCCUCCCCCUCCACUCAUGACCAUCUCAUCAGCUUCCCAUCCUCCUCCCCCUCCCCCUCCACCCCUGAAGAAGCCUACUCUUACAGCUUGUCCGCCUCCCCCUCCACCACCUCCUUUACGUUCUGGGCCUGCCCCAGGUCCUGCUGCUCCAUGUUUGGUACCGCCACCACCCCCUCCCCCACAUUCUGCAUCAAAGCCUCCUGGUGGCCCUGCUGUUGAAAAAACUCCACGUGCCCCACCUAUGCCGCCACCUCUCGGAGGUCAUAUUUCCUUACCCCAUGGUCUUUCAAAGGGAACAGGUGCUGACCCUCAAUCUCUUCCCCUGGUUGGUAAGGGAGGAAUGGGCCUUCCACUUGGUAUAAGGGGACGGGUGCUUACACGUUCUACGAGUUCAAGGAAUCCUCUGUCUGCUAAUUCAACGUCGAAGAAGGUUUCCUUGAAGCCAUUGCACUGGGUAAAAGUAACAAGAGCGAUGCAGGGAAGCCUAUGGGCUGAACCACAAAAAGUUGAUGAAGCUUCAAAAGCCCCAGAGUUUGACAUGUCAGAACUCGAGAGUCUUUUCUCAGUCAUGGUGCCGAAGUCUGACCUUAGGGGCAUAGGUGGAAAAUCAAGCCGGCGUGAGUCACUUGGGUCUAAAUCUGAUAAAGUCAAUCUGAUCGAUGCAAGGCGAGCUUAUAAUUGUGAAAUCAUGCUCACAAAGAUUAAGAUGCCAUUGCCUGAUUUGAGGAAUGCAUUGCUAGCUUUGGAUGGUUCUGUUCUAGAUGCUGACCAGGUAGAAAACCUCAUAAAGUUCUGUCCAACCAAAGAGGAAAUAGAACUACUCAAGGGAUACAAUGGUGAUAAAGAAAACUUAGGAAAAUGUGAACAGGUGUGUGCGAGAACUAGAUUGUAUGCCAUAGCAAAAUCAAGGAUGUGAUCCUCCAUCUCAUUUCUUCUCCCAAAACCAUAACCUCAAUUUAUGCUCUUAUCCUCUAUUUUCUUUUCUUACAUGACCAUUUAAGUCUUUUUACAAAUAUUCUCUCUCCAUUCAUAAUUCCUUGCAUUAGUUGAUCCAUAUCCUUCCAUAAUUGUCUUUUGAUUCUAACCUCUAACCCUACCUGCAGGAUACAACAUAAGUGCACUAAUAACAAUGAUUAUUUCCUCUCCUAAAGUUCUAUUAAUAAAAUCCUAAUUUACUCUCUUAAUUUCUACUGCUUUAUCCCUUAAAUCUUUAUCUACCACUAUCCCUACCUCAUUCUGUUGUCCUUUUCCUAUAUUCCAAAGUUUAUAUCCAUCAAUUUCUUGAGUUUUGGCCCCUUUCUGUUUGGUCACCUGAGUGCAAGCUAUAUUACUUCUCCUUCGUUUUGUCAUAUUUAUUGUAUCUCCUACACACUGUUACCUGUCAAUGUUCCUAUAUUCCAUAGUCAAGACAAAUCCUAUUCUCUUGGACUAGCAUCUUUACCCGUGCAUGUCUAGAAGAGCGUGGAAACCCUUGCCUACUUCUCACAGCAACCGGGCGAUGUUGCAGCUUGUUGCUUCUGGGAGAUGCCCUAGCCAACCCUUGCCCAUUUCUCACUACACCUGUGUUCCGAUGUAGCGUGUCGCUUACAAGGAAUGCCCUAGCAUGCAUUUCGAAGGUCAUAUUGUUCGGAUUCAUGUUGCAAGUUACGGCAUGAAUUUGAGACUGCCGACCUGAUGCAACCCUUCAUUAUCUUAUCUUGGGGCCAGCAAUGAGAGCACAAAGCUCUCACAGGCACAAUGUAAUAGACUAUUACAUUGGUUGAUUACAAUCAAGCACUAUCUAAUAGUCCAAUACAUAGGUUGAUGACAAUCAAUGAGUUACAGCCUCAACUUAAUGAACUAAUGGAAAAGUCAUUUCAUUGGUAGGAAUAGAUAUUCAAUAGACCUAGAGCACAAAUGAUAGCAUCUCGUGCAAGUGGCUCCCUCAUAUUUCUUCCCUCUUAAGCUUUAUGCUCUUGGGCUAUCAAAAGACUUUCUCAACAAGCUUCCUUUUUAUUACUCUUUAGUCUUCAAGAUGAAUUGAUAAGGUUCAUUGACUUGUCAUGGGGGAUGAUGUUAACUUGGUCUUGAAUUAGUAGACAGUCCACUUACAUAUUGAGUAAUGAACUAUUCUUUAGUUUCUUUUGAGUCGUUACAGAAUUGAUGGAACUUUUCCAUGUAUUCAUGAGUGGACUUCAAGUUCUUGCUGGAGGUGAUGCAUUAUUGGAAAUAAAGUUCAUUGUAAUGCUUACAGAUGAAUUGUUUGUAUAGUUUCAUCUUUAUCUUUUUCCAUGGCUGGAUUUUAUCUAUCAUGCCCUUGCCUGUCCGUCUUGUUUUAUUCCACCACAGUAAUGCCUUCCCAUUCAAUUUCAAACCUAUGAACUUAAACUUUCUCAUCAUGCUCCAACUUCAUGCAUUAGAAAAUUUGUUUGUUGCUCUCCAUCCUAUCUAAAAAUUUGUCAGGCUUCAAUCAACCGUGCAAUUCUUACAGGUCAUUUGUUUCACAAUCCAAACCAACUUCAUGCAGUGAGGGAGGGACAGUUGCUCGUCCAUGUUCAAACCCACACAUGUUCACAUUUUGCAAUGUGGCACAGUUGGGGCUUCAUGAUGUAGCAUCAGCUAUUUUAGCUGAUCUAGUUGCUGUUGUAGGUGUUGGAAGGCUUCUUUCCAUCCUUCUUGUCUUCCUCAACCUUAACAGUGAGUCCCAUGCCAUCUUACCUUCUCGAUUGAUUUGGGGUGAUGCAAGGAUAGCCCUGGAUCAACUUCCUCUUAUCCCAAACUGAUGUAAACUAACUCUAGAACAAUAGAGCUCUCUCUAAAAGCAAGAAACACCUGAAAGAACAGAAGAGAUGGAAAUCUAACAAGAGAAAUGGCAAACAGUAACGAACUUUCAAUAAUAAAAAAAGACUUCCAAAAAGAGCAACAUAGUGUGUACUACAACUAGUUCCUUCAGGGAAAAAAAGGAAGAAGAAGAGGAAUUGCUUGGUGUACAAGCCUCUACAAACCUACAAUGUUUGAUUGCUUGGAGCCCAGAUCUCUACAGGCUUACAUGGUUUUCUCACAGAACCAGUUCUAGAGAGUUAGCUUCCUAGAAGGCCCACACUUUUCCUAGAAGGCCUUGUAUACCAACACCAAAUCUAACUGAAGUGAACAUUAUGAAAUACUCUACUCACCCUUAAAAUUCUAAAACAAAAUAAGUUCCCCAACUGACCCUAAACAAGCAUGAAAUAAUGAAAAUAUCCCUUUACAACAGUCCCAAAGGAAGCUCUUUAAUCUCCAAAAGAGAUGUACCAACUUGGCCAUUGGAAUGAUGAGAUCAUCAUGAUAAGUUGAAAUUGUCAUGAUUUGCAGGGGACAGCAGAUAGCUAUAUUGGCCCUUGUGCUAUGAGGUUCAGCCCAUGGUUCCAAAUUUUGAAGGCAUCAUGCACGCUCCCAUGUUGGAGAGAAACCUCUUUAUAAACAUCUUAAAUUUCAUUUCUACGGAAGUUGCUAAUUGACGUGCUUUGACAUUUACA